AGGUGCAUCACCAGAUCCUUUUACCGGAAUGUGGUGGGUGUCCUGCUGGUCUUUGAUAUGACAAACAGGAAGUCCUUUGAACACAUCCAAGACUGGCACCAGGAGGUCAUGGCCACUCAGGGCCCUGACAAGGCGAUCUUCCUGCUGGUUGGCCACAAGAGUGACCUGCAGAGCUCCCGUUGUGUCUCAGCCCAGGAGGCAGAGGAACUGGCUGCCUCCUUGGGCAUGGCCUUCAUGGAGACCUCCGCCAAAAAUAACUGCAAUGUGGACCUGGCCUUCAACACCCUUGCUGAAGCCAUCCAGCAGGCCCUGCAGCAGGGGGACAUCAAGCUGGAGGAGGACUGGGGGGGUGUCCGUCUCAUUCACAACAUCCAGAUCUCCAGGGCCCCCAGCAGGAAGCAACACCCAGGUCCAUGCCAGUGUUGAUUCCGGGAGAGAAAGGGCUAAAGCAGUGUCAACCUCAGAAGUGCUGGUGGAAUAGGGAGAGUUAACAUCUCUGUGGAGGGCAAAUGGCAGAAUCUAUCCAAAUGGAUAAUACAAACAGUAUUCUGGCACAGUCAUGCCUCCUGGAUUUGGGGGUUUCAGAGCUAUCCCCUUUCCACUAGAAAGGUCUAAGAGGCCAGGUGUGCAGCUUCUUUACACCUGUUUCCACCAUUGUCAGAGGAGCUCAUAAAAGACCCCACCUCACAGGGGGUUCUGGGCAUGAAUGAGCUGACGGAUGGGAUAUGCCCAGCCUCCGCCUCCCACACAGUGAGAAUCAAAUGGCAAGAACUGUCAUCACUGCUCUUUCCUCUCCUUGCCAGGAUGCAGCCGUUUCUGGCAGCAUCCCUGGAUGCGGAAGCUGAGCCACUCAGCGUGGGGACGCUGCUGUACAGGUGAGGGUGAGCGCAGGGAAUUUCAGGCCAAGCCAGCCUUCAAGCCUCCUUAGGUCCUCAGGUUUGGAUGAGUCCUAAAGUGUGCCCUCAGGCCCAGGUUGCUGCCCAGUGCCCUGGAAGGCAGGGAUGACCGUGAAUAGCUCCUGUGUUGGGCACACAGAGGACACUGAUUGGCCACCAAGAUUUCCCCUCAGGGCUGAAGAACCAAUAUCCGACUCCCCACUGCACUCCCAGCUGCUGCUCAGCUUACAGCUCCCCCCAGGGCAACCCAUAUUCAACCCAUGUCAAUCUUGGAACUACUGUAGGGCGGGGGUGGGGAGUGUUCAAAGGCCUGGCCCUCUCUCCCUAACUCUAGACAAUUCUGAAGGUCAAACCCAGCUUCAUCACUCCACAGGGUGGAUUGAGGCCACUGUUAAGACAUCACAGCUAAAUUCUCCUACUCAAUCCUGCUUCUCUUCCUUCCUUCCCUCUAAAGCAUAUGUUUAUCUCAAGAAUUCCCCAAUAAAUAUCUGCACACUGA